GCCCCCGCGACUCGCAGCGCUUCGCCCUGGAUUACGAGACCAUGGCCCGGCCCUUCACCGGCAAGCGCCUGCCCGUGCUGGCCUGGGAGGACGCGAGGCGCGAGAGCCGCCUCUUCGCGCUGCUCUGCCAGCGGCCGCUCUUCGGCCUGGGCCGCGUGGUCACCCGCAAGGCCUGGCUCUGGCAGUACGAGGAGCCCUGCUACUGGCUCAUCACCAGGGUCCGGGUGGACUACACCGCCGAGAACUUGGAUCAUGGGAAAGCCUGGGGAUACCUAACAUUCAGAGGCAAGACAUAUAAUGAAGUGAAAGAGAUUGACAAGGUGAUGUAUCAUGACUGGCGGAUGGUGCCCAAACAUGAAGAGGAGUGCUUCAAGAAAUUUACUCCAGUGUCAGUGGAAAUCAUUCAGUAUGUGCCAUAUCCCCCCCUUCUCCGUGCCAUGAUCCUUGCACAAAGGCAGAAGGAAGGAAAACUUGACACACAGGAACCACUGAUUGAUCUGGAGAAAAUCAUCAUCUUCACAAACGACUACUUUAAAAAUCAGAAAAAAGCUAAGGGGACACCAGUAUGAAGGUCUAGAGCUGUACAUGAUGGAGCAUCUGAAAGGCUUUUUAAUAUUCUGUGUUGAUUGCGCAUACAAUUCUUCUUAAUGAAGAAUAGGACCAUAAGCCACAUGCCCACUUCUGGUUCAAUGUAUUAAAGUAUAAUAUGUUGAUGUCUCAAUACGUUUCACAUCCAAAUGUGCAACUUUCUUGUAUAUAUUCAGAAGAUGUAGUGAUACUCAAGAUUUUUGUGGUCUUUCAUUCGCAGAGGGCCCUCCCUUUUUUGUUCCUUGCCUUUUCUGGUGCGGCGUAUGUGUCCAGGUGUGCAGGCAGACCGCAAAUGAGACUCUUUUGAGAGGAUGCUCUCAAAGUUUGGGCCUACAAUAAUAGAAUGAUGACUCUAAAAAUGGCACCUUCAAGCUUCUCUUAUCCUGCUAGUACAGUUCCAAAGACAUGAGUUGGAUUCUAGUCUGUUUUGUGAACCAUUAGCAGACAUAUUAAUUAAAUUUCAAUUUUAGAACCCUUUGCCUUGAUACAUCCCUAACCACUAUGUGACUAUCCAAUAAACACAUGCUUAUCUGAUAGUUGGCUAGUGACUCAACUGGUCACUCCCUUCUCUUCUUCCCCCCCACCUCUCUUUCAGAGAGAGGCACCAAGGGGGUGGAGUAGGAGCCGAUGCUGGGCAAACUGGCUUAAAAGC